AUGGUCCCGGCCCUGGCCGGGCGAGCGGUUAACUCCAGCGAGAUUCAGCUUCAAGGCGCGCAAGCCAGGGGACGCGGCUCCGGGCGAUCCGAUUGCAAGCGGCUGUGCAGCGAAAUUAAAAUCCCCGAAGUCAGCGAGGCGCGACUGCGGCUGACGUGGGUGUCACACGGAGUCGAGCCGGUGGAAACCGGAGGAUCUUCCAGGUGGCCCUUGGAACAGGUUGUUUCGCAGUUACCUGGAGGGGCGGCCUGGGAGAGGGAACCGCUGCGAUCCUGGGGCCGCAGGACCGGUCAGCCCCACGCGCUCGCUCACGCGGGAGGAAUCCACGCUCGGGGCAAGCCAAGCCCAGGGCCUCCAGCAGGAGCACGGGGAGCACCCACCUCACUUUCUAAGGACCCUCGGCUGGAGCGCAGAGUGGAGAUGCGCCCAGCACCCAGCAGAGGCGAAGAUCACAAGUUGAAGAGCUCACAGGUGGCACCACAACUCCCGACAUCAGCCAGAAUGGCAAGGAACUUUGCUGUCCUCGGUGACGUAACACGAGUAGCCCCAGCGAGUACCGUAUUCUCUUGCGGAUACCGUAUUACUCCGGGAAAUUUCCCAGGAAUUCCUCUCAUCACUGAUGUGACCAAGAAUCCUCCCAGUAGAGUGUCUUCCAGCCAUUGCAAUGCAGAGAAGAGCACUGAAGGGGAAGUAACUCUGAGUAGCCAUUUGGUAUAAUGUCUGUUGCCCAUUUCACAAUGGAGUUUCCCCUGUUCAUCUGCUUGACUUGUAAGAACUGGUUGGUUAUGUGCUAUGGCAGCCAUGAAAAUGUGUCGCUCAGAUAGCCUGCUGCAAAAUUGAGUAAAUCUGUCUGACAGUCCUAGAUCUGAUCCUUCUGGGGCCGUGCCUGUGCUUAGGCCUCCCUUGCUACAGGCUGCUCCCAACUGGGGGGCUGAGCAAUGCAGGCCCAUUACUACCAGGCACAGAGACAUUGUCUCAAGGACGCCCCAUGGGGCAGCCAAAACUUUCUAAUACCUGCGCAGUGUUCUGACACUUCAUUUCCAAUCCUCAUCCCUUUCCUUCUCCUUCACAGGAUUCUGAUUUGGAUGAUAAUCUGAAUGCACUCCUUGCCUUCUCCAGUUCCUCCUUUCAUCCUUACAGGAAUUUUCCCAAUGACUAUUUUGUGUGAUUAAUCAUGUCUUGGUCUGCUUCUUGGAAUACUGAAAAGAAUGCAUAUAUUUAGGAGGUUAGCCCUUUAUGAUAUUUGUUGCUAUAUUUUCCCAUUACAGAUAUCUAUAGACAAGCACUUCAUGAAAUUACAUAAACAGAGAACUCUUCCUAUUGUGAGACUUAGCCACUGUUCCUCCAUCUUGUGUAUAACCACCAUUUUAGUAUUUCAAGUUUUGCUUACUCAAGAAUAAAUAGCCUGCAUUCCAGAGAAGGUUUCAACCCUCACCCCACUCUGGUCUUAUCUCGGACAGCCAGCCACAGUGGAGCCGAGCAAUUCGGACCACUAAUGGGGUCAAGACAGCCAUAUAAUAGAGCUGCAUCUCGGUGUGACCAAUCAGCUCAAAAACUGAAACCGUGUGCCCACCGUUGUUAGGAAAUGCACCCGUAUAACCAAUGAAUGGUUGCCAACAUGAUUUAAUUUUUUAAUUUGCUUGUAACCCUAUAAAAGAUCCCUGUUCCCUUUGUUCAGGGCUCUCGAUCUCUGCUGCUGUGUCGGUGUGUGUCAUGAGCCUGGACUCGAGCCCGAAAUAAACUCCUUUG